AUGCCUACCGAAACCUCCAAGAUGUUGUCUCGCUCCAGCUUCAGCAUACGGAGGCUCCUCUCGCAAAAUCGACCAGAUUCCCCAAGUGAUUCUGAUGAGCUUGACGAACACGACGAAAUUACUCAGUUGAAGCUUGACCAGCACAGGCACUCGGCGCGGCCUGCCAUGUACCAAACGAAGCCGGUCGAGUCCCCUCUGAUAUACAGAUCACAGAGCGUCCACCAGGUCAUGAGGCCUCUUCCUCCUUUGCCCUUUGACUCCCCGCGUUCGUCCAGCAGCUCUGUAUACAGCUUCGAUAACCACUACACGGAACCGAGUGUCAAAGGCAACUCCCAUGAUGCGAACUUUUGUUCAUCACAGAGAGACAUUGAUCCCCUCUAUAUACAAUCAACACCCAAACGCCUCUCAGAGCGCAGGCAUCUCAUGAUCACGCCGCUACAAAAUAUAUCGCCUCUGAAAUCAGCCAUCGAACCUACGCAUCAUCACCACAUCGCUGUUGAUAGGGACAACGACACGGCCGCAGAGCCCACUAUGGCGCUCAAGGAAGCAGUGGUAGAGAGCCAAGAAGAGGCGGAGGUCGACGACUGGUCCGAGACGGUUCAGCAGCUCAUCAAAGAAACAGACGAAGCCUUCCACGCGGUUGGCGCAGCGCUUGCUCAGGUGCAGCUCACCCCACAAGUCUUCGUCACCUCCACAGAGCCGGACGUUGCCUUGUCCCCACCGCUGCCGAGUACUCCAGGUACCCCCUGGCGCACGCCGGCACGCCUUACACUCAAAAGGCAGCCAACAAAGUGCAUGACACCUCCCGUUGUGCCGGCGCGGAGGGCAUCCGUGUACAAACCGAAGCGGACCAAGUCAAAAAAGUCCAAGACUGCGAGAAGGCCAACAACAUCUUCGAAGCGGACGCCGCGGUGGGCUUUCGGCGAAAGUGUGACGGACAUGCUCAAAGCACAAUUCUUCCGAAAGAUCGAGGCGAACGAGAUGCUGGCGCCGGACCGCCUCCAGGUUGCGAGACUCAGCAGAGAUUACCAGCUACGCCAGACGCGCUCUUCCGAGACCCUGUUCACCGAGGACAGCGAAACCCCGGUAGAACCGUUUCAUCUGCAAGAUCUACCUUCUCGGAUCGGGGCGGCCGGGGUUCAGACAUCGGUCGCACCAAGUGGUGCUGUAUCACGACCAAUUCCAUUUGAAAUGCCUGUGCGACGAGACUUUUCUGUCGCGAGGAGAACAUCGAGGACAUGUGCAAAGGCGGAUGCCAAAGCCGAAAAUCAGAUGAUGUUCAAGACGCUCACAUUUCCCUGCCCGCCCGCCAAGAACACGCCUCGCCACCCUUCCAGGACAGCGCAGCAGAGCCGGCCCCUGUCUACUAUACCCGAGCUUCUCGUCACCGUCCCGACUCCUGACAAAGACGACAACAUGCCUGCGGCAGAGGUGAGGGUUUUUCAUCGGGGCCGGACAUUUGCCCCUGUCCACGACGAAGAUUUCGUGUUCUUUGCCUCAACUCCCUGCACUCUAACGGUGCCUGGAUUCCGCCAUGGACGCAUCCGAUUCCCCAAGGCCGAGGUGGUCAAGGGUAGGAAGAUUGCCGCCGAUGACACGCUUGACUGGACGGCCUUUCAGAUGGCCAUCUUGGGCGGCGCUGGCGACUUUUUCUCGGACCCCUCGGAUUUCGCGCCGCGGACCGAGGCGGACGAGAUUGACGAGCUCGCGGAUUGGUUCGCCGACUUUGGCUUUGAAAACCACGGCCUCUUGAUCUCCUCACGUCGCCACAGCGAUAAGACGCUGAGCAUGACGACGGCAGAGACGAUUUCACCGACGGCCUCUACGUUCACGGAUUCGACAGACGCCGAUCUGCCUAUUCCCGUGGCGCCAGAGUAUCCCACGGGGUUUUGGAACGCAGGCCAUGUUGACGCGUCUAAGUUUCUGCAGGACCAAGGCCACUGCAAUAUCAAACGGUGGACCAUGGACGGGCCACAGAAGCGGUACAAGAAGGAUAGUCAGGGGAGCAUCGAUAGUCUGCGGCAAAGCCCCGAGCUGGAUGUCGUGUACCUAGGUGGGGCUCACGGCGAAAGGGACGCCGUGCCAAUGGGCUUCAACCUUUUUCAUGAUUUGGGGGAGUUUCUCAGGUGGGAGGCGGAGAAUUCGUACGCCUCGCCGGCAUGGGGGCGAGGGUAG